AGAAACGGGCGGGCACACUGCACUCCGCGCAAUCAACAAACAACAAAAGGCAGACGAAUCUUGAGCAGCAGGCAACAAACAACACAACAAUGGAAGAACUGAACAGCAUACUGCAGAAAACCAAAGAUAAAUCAACGCAAAAGGAGCAGGAUGAGAUUCUGCUGCAGCCCUUCACAUACAUACAACAGAUUCCUGGCAAACAAUUCCGCUCCGAGUUGGCCUUGGCCUUCAAUCACUGGUUGCUCAUACCGGCCGAAAAGUUGGCGCAGAUCGGGGACAUUGUGCAGAUGCUGCACAAUUCCAGUUUGCUCAUUGAUGAUAUUGAAGACAAUUCGAUACUUCGCAGAGGUGUGCCGGUGGCGCAUUCUAUUUACGGCGUGGCCAGCACCAUAAAUGCGGCUAACUACGUCUUGUUCUUGUCCCUGGAGAAGGUGCAGCAGCUGGGACACCCAGAGGCCACAAAAGUGUAUACGGAACAGUUGCUGGAACUGCAUCGGGGCCAGGGCAUGGAGAUCUAUUGGCGCGACAGCUUUACCUGUCCCUCGGAGUUCGAUUACAAGCUGAUGACCGUACGCAAGACUGGCGGCCUGUUCAUGCUCGCCAUUCGCCUCAUGCAGCUGUUCAGCUCCAACAAGGAGGACUACUCGAAGCUGACGGCUAUUCUGGGUCUAUACUUUCAGAUACGCGACGAUUACUGCAAUCUCAGUCUUAAAGAGUACACGGAGAACAAGAGCUUUGCCGAGGAUCUGACGGAGGGCAAGUUCGGCUUCCCGGUAAUCCAUGCGGUGCGCACCCAGAAGCAGGAUAAACAGGUUUUACACAUAUUACGCCAGCGCACGCACGACAUUGAGGUCAAGAAGUACUGCAUCACCUUGCUGGAAAAGCUGGGCAGCUUUCAAUAUACACGCAAGGUUCUGGAGUCGCUCGAUGCGGAGGCGCGGGCGGAGGUGGCACGACUGGGCAGCAAUCCGUACAUGGACCGGCUGCUCAACAAGCUGCUCUCGUGGAAGACCAGCGACGACAAUAGCAUCACGCAGUCGAACCAGAUCAAUCACAACAACGUCUCGCGCACCAGCCCCAACCAGAACACGCUCAAUUGCAAUUAGCAGCCAAAGAGGCAAAAGAGGGAGCAGUCGUGAAUUGCGAACGGCAGAGCCUCUUUUGCCGCAAAUGCGAGACAGCAGCAGCAGCCGCAGGCCUGCCUCAGUGCCGCCCUGUUGCAUUUCCUGCAGAAACUGAAGAUAUUCUAAGAUUUACCUAAGUACGUUCCCCCUUUGCCAACCCAGAAAGCUCACAGAAGGCCCUAUUUUAUGUUUAACCAAAAAAGAAAAACAGAAGCAAUGAGAGAAAGGAUAUGAAAUGGAAUGGAUGGAAAGGACGACAAAACCAACAGCAGCCUUACAGAAAAAAAAAGUUAAGCCAAAAGUAAAUUGAUAUAUAAGCCAAGCUUAUCCGUGAGCGGGCAAAGAGCCAUAGCACACAGCUUUCCAAGAAUUUGUUUAUGUUUACGUUUAAUUUAGUUUCACUUUAAAGUUACGUUAAUAGUUGUCCCCCUUCCCCACAGCGAAAUCUCGCAGAGCAUUAACUUAAUCAUAGGAUAUAUGCAAUUUUUUUACGCUCUUGUAUUUCUAUAUAUGUGUGUGUGUGUUUCGUCGAUUCUGCAAGCAAUUUUCGACUUCUAAGUGUCGUUUAUCUCGUAAUCCAACUCGGAACUCUAUAAUGUGCACUUCCUUUAUCAACGUUGUUCCAUAUUUUAAUUGUUAUGCAACAAGAAAGGCAAUUCGUAUACACAUACUUACGUACUAUUAACGCAAAACAAAUUGUUAACGUUUUAUGAAACAACAACUACAAGAAUCAACUAUAAAAUAUAUAUACAUAAUUAUAUAUGAAAGUAAUGAUAAUGAUGCACUGCACAGCAGAUUUUUGCACAUUGCACCACCUACAAAAUAUACACGUACGAGUAUAUAAUAUAUUAUAUAUAAAUCUACAUAUAUUUUUAUUGUAGUUAUACACUGAGAAAAAAAGAAAGAGAAUAACUAGAAAACGGAAAGUAACCAGAUUGCUGAAGAGAUCAUUGAAAACAAAUUGUAAACUAUGCAAAAACAUUUUACGGUAGGAACGAGGACAACUAAUAGCCGAGAAUUUACAGUGUACGCCCAGGGAAGAGCACCAGAGAAGCGCACCUAACAUUUUGCCCACAAACCAACUAUUGAAGAAGCAUUGAAAGCAUAUUGUAAAUGUAUUUAAAUAAAUAUUUAUGCCAAGUUGUCA